ACAGUUCAGUGACCAUUUGAAUGUCAUGUUAUAGUGUGUGAACUGCUGUGACAUGGAAAUUAUAAUAACUGUGCUCAUUUGUAAUUGAGGGUCCUAUUUCCAGAAAGUCCUUCGUUUGUAAUCAACACAAAGUAUCAUCUAAUCUUUAUUUAUAAGGUAUGGUGAACUCCCAACUCAUCAACCUCUCAUUACAACCUAUGCCUAGUUUUUUUUUUUAAAUGACUGACGCUACAACCGAGGGAAAAGGCGACAAAUUGAAAAUCUCGUGCGCAACCCGUAGACGUACAGACACAAACGGACAUGUUCAUUAACAGUUAUUUUUACGGUCUGAAAUUAUAGACUCUAGAAAAUGUCUCCAUAUUUCAGUCAUCGCCACAGUAUAAUUGCGUUGAACACGCCGUGAUUCGUCAACUUACGCAGAGGAGGCUCAACACUAAACGUUGUCUCCAACCCAUGUCAUUUUUCUCUGGAGGCGUGGGAGAGAAAAUCGACUUGACAUCGACCCUUGCUUGUCAGAAGCAAAUGGACAUCUGACUGAACAUACGAUUUCACUCAAAGGUAGCUUUAUCCGUUGUGUGUGGAGAGACGACCCACCUUACAAAAUUGUGACCAACUGCCUUUACUGCGCAAAACGGACCAGGUGCAUAGAGGAAGAGAGAACAUAGCUCUGCAAGCGGGUGAACAAUGAAGAUGGUGUUAGCUCUGGCUGCUCUGCAGCUGCUUCUUACUCCAGUUCUUCUGACCCCGAGUGGGGACUACUGGGGAGAGUGGACGGCCUUCGGUGCAUGCAGCCGCACCUGUGGCGGAGGAGUCAUGGUGAGAGACAGGAAGUGCAUCACUCACAGGACUGAUGGCGGAAACAACUGUGUUGGCCCAGCAAAGUCCUACCGCAUGUGUAACGUUAAGGAUUGCCCUGAGGGGUCUAGGGACUUCAGAGAGGAGCAGUGUGCCCAGUUUGAUGGCACAGAGUUCCAGGGGAAACUCUACAAGUGGAUGCCAUACUAUGGAGCUGAGAAUCCAUGUGAGCUGAACUGUAUUCCGAGAGGAGAGAACUUCUUCUUCCGCCACCGGUCAGCGGCAGUGGAUGGCACUCAGUGCCACCCGGGCAGGAAAGAUAUCUGUGUGGAGGGCGUUUGUAAGCGUCUGGGCUGUGACAACAGGCUGGAGUCCGUUCAGCAGGAGGACCCAUGCCUGCAGUGCGGAGGGAACGGACAGUCCUGCUACCUGGUCAGGAACACCUUCUCACAGAGGGACCUAACCACAGGCUACAACAGGAUGUUCACCAUCCCUGCUGGAGCUACCACCAUUCGCAUUCGAGAGACUGUGGCCUCUCGUAACUACUUGGCUAUCAAGAACCUCCAUGGCGAGUACUACCUGAACGGCCACUGGGUUAUUGAGUUCUCCCGUGCCACCCCUAUUGCUGGCACCAUGCUGUAUUAUCAGAGGGGAGCCGAGGGCGACAUGGCUCCCGAGACCAUCAUUGGCCGUGGACCCACCACUGAGCCACUUGUUGUGGAGAUUAUCAGCCAGGAGCCCAACCAGGGGAUAGAGUAUGAAUACUACCUGCCCCAUGGCCGCUCUAGGGAGGGAUAUUACUGGAGCCAUGGGUCAUGGUCUCCCUGUAGCAGAGACUGUGGAACAGGAUACCAGAGCCGUCAUGUCUUCUGUGCCAUUGACACAGAGGUGUACUCUGACCACCUGUGCUCUGCCCUGCCUCGUCCUUCAAGCAACCGUACUUGUAACACACAGCAGUGCCCACAAGUCCGCAGCUGGAAGCUGGGCGAGUGGAACCAGUGCUCGGUGACGUGCGGCGGGGGUUCUCAGGUGCGCUCGGUGGAGUGCAUUUCCCACGAUGCAUCAGGCUCCCGCGUGGUGGAGGAUGCCCAGUGCGAGUCCUAUGCCCAGCGCCCCCUCAGCCAGCAGAACUGCAACGCACAGCAGUGUGCUGAGUACACAGCAUCAGCCUGGAGCCAGUGCUCAGUGACAUGUGGACUUGGCGAGCAGACACGUGAGGUGGUGUGUGUGGGCACUGGUGGGGUGCGGCUCGGGGACCAAGCCUGCAGGGCCCUCCUGAAGCCCCCCCACGUCCAGUCCUGUCAAAUGCCAGCCUGCCCACAGCACGUGCGCUGGCACGUUGGAGACUGGGGCCUUUGCUCUAAGAGCUGUGGCUCGGGGCUGCGUGAGCGGCAGGUGAUCUGCUCCGACAGUCAGAGGAACCUGUAUGGGGUGGAGCAGUGCAGCGCCCGUCCUAAACCUCUCACUGUGGAGAACUGCAACAGGCAGCCCUGCUACAGCCCUCAGGAGGUUCCAAGCAUGCAGGAUCCCAGAGGGCAUGACAACACAAUACACGGAUUCCAGCCCCACGUUCCACAGGAUCCUUCAGUCAUCAGGCUUGAUGCAGUUGCUCCCACAAACACAGUCCUUGACCCCCAUGGCUCAGCCAUCGCUCGGCACUGCAGUCAGAUGCAGUACGGCUGCUGCCCAGACGGACGCACCUCAGCCAGGGGCCCCAGAGGCCAGGGCUGCUCCCAGGAGCCAUCCUGCCUCGACAGCCGGUAUGGCUGCUGUCGUGAUGGAGUGACUGAUGCUCAGGGCCUCAACAGAGAGGGCUGUGCCGAGUACACCCCUUCUCCCCCUACAGCUGCUACCCCAACUCCCACAUACACAGACUGCAAGAAAUCCAGAUAUGGUUGCUGCUUUGAUGGUGUCAAUCAGGCUGGAGGUCUCUAUGGGGAUGGCUGUCCCAACCCCCCCACCAGCACUGUGCGUUCAGCCACAUGCUUCCUGCCUCAAUCGGUGGGUCCAUGCGCUGAGUGGACGGCACGAUACUAUUAUGACAACGACCAAGGCCGCUGUGUCCACUUCUGGUACGGUGGCUGCCACGGCAACAGUAACAAGUUCCUGACGCGCCAGGAGUGCCAGAGCUACUGCCAGUCAGAGACGACGCGCCCGAGCGGCGGCAGCGGAGGGAGCGGCGGGCGUACGCGGGACAUGAGCCACGUGUUCACCGUCCCCACAGGCAGCUCAGGAGGCGCCGGCGCGGGCUCCAGUUCCUCCAACGUCCCCAACCGCUUCGGUUCCAGCGCUGCCUCCAGCGCCUCCCGUGCCCGCGUCCAUCUGCGUCCCCGCCGGCCAGCCCCCUCUCGCUCCCCCACCUACCCCGACACCCACGCCCAGCAUAUGAUGCCCGCCGCCAGCUGGACAGAUGUGGGUGUGAGUAUUGAGAAGUCGGACCCCUCUACAGUGGAGGGUCUGGUGGGGCAGCAGGUGGUGUUGCCCUGCAGGGUCACCCCACCCCCCUCCUCCACUGUAGUGGUUGAGUGGAGACGAGACGGCACACCCAUAACUCCUUCCAGGCAUCUCCAGCAGCCCAACGGCUCCCUCCUGGUGGGCCCUCUCACCGUAGGAGACUCGGGUUGGUUGCUGUGCCUAGCGACGCGGGACCGCGAGCGAGACCACCGCUACGUCUACCUGUCUGUCUCAGAACCAGCCCAGACCAACAAGGACCCACUGGUGCGCCUCGAGGGAGCGGACAAGCCAGAGACGGAAGAGGCCUACCAGCCAUUUCCCAGGUUCAGCAUUGAUCACUCUGAGUCCUCUCUGGUGGAGUCUCGGGCAGGACAGACAGCCAGACUGAUGUGCAGAAUCAAUCCUGCCUCUGCCAUCCCCACUGUCACCCUGCAAUGGACCAAAGCAGGCCAACCACUCAGCACUAUCAGGCAUUCCCAGCACUCAGACGGGACUCUGGUCAUCAGUCAGCUGACGGCCGAAGACUCGGGGGUCUACACUUGCUCUGCCUCCACCAAUCAGCAGCUGGAACAGCGGCACAUCCAGCUCAGAGUGCUGGGUGACCCGAAAAUCACCACAGCUCCCAACAAUGUGCAAGUGGUCCAGGGCAGUACAUCCCAGCUCCCGUGUGUGGUGACAGGAGACAAUGUCAACAUAGGCUGGUCUAGGAAUGGUGUUCCUGUGAGGCCCGAUGGAGGACAUAUUCAGGUGUCCUCUGAUGGCACUCUGGUCCUCAACAAUGUGCAGCCAUCCGAUGAGGGUACCUACACCUGUAACGCGUACACAGGCACCUUCUCCGUCAGCGCCACCGCUGAGGUGCGGGUCAUCAAGUCGUUGCAUGAUCGUAACGGGGGCCCACCCAUCCCUGCUGACUGUGUGGACCAGCCAGAGUUGGCCAACUGUAAACUGAUAGUCUACGCUCGCCUGUGCUCCAGCCAGUACUACUCUAGCUUCUGCUGCUCUAGCUGCGCCCGCUACAACCAAGGGCUGGACACGUUUGGGCAGAAAGGGAAGGGAGGAGGCUGGCAGGGCACCAAGCCACUGAAUCCCCAAGACUGAGAUGGACUUCCCUAUCCUCCAGACACUCCACCCCAUGAGCCUCAGUGCAUGGGGAGCUACACUACACUGCUUUGCACAUGUAAAAAGGGAUCUCUCCACACCUUUUGUACAAUCGAAGUUGCCGAGUCACUGCAUAUGAUAUUUAUCUUGUAAAAAUACUGUUUCCUUUUUUGAAACACUCAUUCCUUUUUCAGAGAAUGUUUGCUUUUUUGUUGUUGUUGUUGUUGUUCAGGGAAAUCUGUUUGUCUAGUGAAAUUUGCCUGGUGCUUUUUGUGGGAAGUCAUGGUAUGAAAGUUCACUGAAAAUAGAUUAUGUUUUUACACUGUUUUUGGUGAAUGUGUGAGUCUACUUAGGGAAGAUAUUUUCCUAGAAGAUAUAGGGAAGAUAUUUUCUUAGAUUGACCGUCUUGGUUUGUUUAUAUGAAUGAUGAAUGUGCACCAGAUUCACUGGAUUUCGACCCCAAAGGUUAAACAUGGGAAAAAAGAGCUUGAGGUACUCUCUUAGUGAUGUACUUAAACCCACUGCAUAACAAUCUAAGGAUUCGUCCCUGUAAUUAGUUGUAUAAUUUGGUGAAGCCAACAGAUUGCACCCAUGUCCAUAUCCUCAUCUUACAUUUCAUAAUGACAUUGUAUACAAGCAUAAACUUAGUACUGAGGAAGGGUGUUGGUGAUUUGAGAUGUGUCUAUAACCAAGAACUACUUUUGAAGAAGCAAACACUUAGUGAAUCUUUGGUUUGUGUGCUGACAUUUUGUAACGUGCUAAUAUUUUUGAAGAUGCUUCUUUAUACUACUAAGGCACUGCAACACAAAAAUGCAAAGUUUUCUGAUAAAAUUUGGAUUUGCAUUUGCUGACUAAAUGUCAGACUGAUGGCCUAAAUCUCGUCAUUGUAUUUGAUCAUAAACAGAAAACAAUGCUGCCAUCUACUGUUCUUUACAUCCGACAGCCUUUCGGGUGCGGCCCCAAAGGUUUCUGUUGAAACCAAAACUGUGCAGAUUUCAAGAAAUGCCUCAGCUUCUUCUGCUAAACUGCCCAUAGACAAGCUAAGAGAUGAUCAGUGGCAUCAUACAUACCUGUUGGUGCAAAGAUGCUGGGCUGUAUGCCAUGUAGUGGUGUUGACCCCUACAGAGGAUUUUGACCUGAGGGGUCUGUAGAAAAUCAAUAAUAGACAUUUGACAUUUAUCUAUGUAAACAUUUUUCAACUGAUGUCGCAAGGGCAUUUUUAUGUUUUGAUAUUCUUUUUAUGUAAAAUGAAAACCAUAAACAUUAUUUUCCAUAAAAA